GGGAUUUCGACCGGGCGCCAUUUCGUUUGUUGCAAUGCAGUUUACAACGUUGGUAUUUUUGAUUCAGCUAUGGAUAUGUGUUUCUAGUCAUGGUCAUGAUCAAGUCCAUAGUCAUGAACCACCCCACUAUAAGUAUUCUAAGGAAGCUAAUAUUGGGUAAUUGAGUCUGUUUUGUUUGCGUUUUGUUGCAAACUUUAUUUGGUAUUUGAACGAAUAAUUAUUCACUUAUUUGUAAAUGAUAUUUCCAACAUUUUUACCUAACCAUUCUUCACCAAGUUAUCUUUACGCUUUCGAAUUAGUAAGCGGUGAAGAUUCUAUUUCAUUCUCAUUUCGAAUGGAUAUUGGUAAAGUAAAAGUUUUCGCAUACUUGGUUUCAAUACUCCAGGAAGGUAUUAAAGUGACCGCGGAUCAAAUUGAAAGACAAAAAUAAUCCGAGUUAGUUCGUGCCACUAUCGUAUCUAUAGAUUGAUAGUGAAUCUAUCUACAUCGGAAGCAAAUUCCUGGAUGUGACUAAUUAUAAGAAACUGAGCAUAAGGUCGGUAGUAUAAAGACCAUGACUAAAGAUUGUCAAUCAUCUUUCAAUCUUAAACCUCAAAGCACUUGUAGCGGUUAUUCACUGAAUAUACUUCUACAUACCAAUCCUUUUGUACAUUGUAAUUGUAAUAUCCAGUAAAACCACUGAGAAAAGAAUGUGGUCUGUGCAUUGAUGGCUAUUUGUUAAUAAUGGGGUGUAUCCCAGGUUCCUCGUUUCUUAUCGCACUGUAGGAGGAUAAAAUGCACCAGACAGCUGUAUUUUUUUUGUAUUCCUAACAUCAAUAAAGAGGUGAACACCUUAUCAAACCGCAAGCUGAAAAUUUUGGGGUUUAGUAUUGUCACCACAACAAGUACUAUAUUGAUAGUAAGCAAAUGUGACUGAUUUUAUGCCAUAACUAUUCGUUUAAACGACAUUUUAGAACUAAUUAAAACUUGAAUUCGACGUAUUUGUUACUUAAUUAUUACAGAAAUGUCAUAAAGUCUCAAGGCGCUCUUCGUUGUCGAAAGAAGAUCUUUGUUAACUACUAGGUAUCGAAAGAUCAUUUGUGUGACAUUUUCUAAAGUCCUAUUGAUCUGGAACAUAGUGACCAAGCUAAUGACACUUACAUAAUAGACGUAAAUGUAACUGGUCUGAUAUAGAUAUCAUUAUGAUUCCAUUAAUCGCUAUAAAGCAAACAUAAAACUCGACCUGGGUGCGCUACAUUAAUUCGAUCUGUAAUCGUUUUCAAGGUCAUAGCGUAAUAGUAAAUGGGUCUAAGUAAUUUUCAAGAGCCAUGCAUCAUUUUCUUUAAUGUUUGGGAGUCUCAUAUUUGAUGCUGACAUGACACAUCUGGCUGUGACAAAACAGGUUCUCAAACCAAAAUCUAACUUGGCAUCAAGAAAAAUUUAUGUAACACUGACAUUGUUGUGAUGUAUAAAGUAAUCGUAGACUUGGUGACCAUAAAUUUUAUUACUUAUAUAGUGAACGAAAACUCAGGAGACGUUUAACGUCCCGGGUGCAGUAUGGACAUCAGACCUAGAUGGCCCAGCACGUCGACAGAGCUACGAUCGGCGUGAUGGUGGGCUCGCCAUUUCGACGGGAAGCAAGGCAUGGACCAAGAAAGCGACACAGCGGGUAGAACAACUGCGAGAGCGACUUUUCGAAAUGGAGGGGGACAAGUGUGGUGCUUGCUACUCUUGCGGACAGAGUAAUUUUGCGUAAAACAAUAAAUUGUUUCACCUUACCUGAGUUUUCGUUCACUACACUUGCACCAAAGGAUAGAUAUUAGCCUUCCAACUGUAGGCCAAGUACACUAUGACGUACUCUAUGCUAACGAAAUUAUUUUUAAUCAUAUAUUUACUUGUACUUCACGAUAUGUAACUGACAGUCAUGUUGGAGCAAUUUAUACUAACAGAAGAAGAACGUGCUCUGUACUUUUACGCAUCUGUUUACAUCACUCGUCUAAAUUACAGAAAUUGAAUGCAAAUAAACACGUAAAAGCUAGAAUCUAAUGUUCUGUUUUAGUGAACACGAACUAGUGGAGUCUGUACAUUAGUAGACUUGGUAAUUUACGUGAUGUAGUGGCAUUUUUGUGAUUGAGAUUUGCAAAUGAAGUGGUUGCUUUUAGUGUUGAGUUCUGUGAGCUAGCUGAUUUAAUUGUAGAUCAUUCAAUGUCGUUCUGUAGAGGAUCGUCGGCUUCUACUAAAUACAGGAAUGACGUUUACUUUCAUCCUGAUGGCCUUGUUUGUAACGGAUUAUCUUUGUAUAAGGAAAAUCACGUACGGGAAACACGUAAAGAUUCCUCUGAGCAACUGUGGGUCGAAGUAUUCGGAGCUGUGUUACUCAUUAGUAUCGCUCCUUUUAUUAUAUUGUGCCUGAUGCCAGAUUUGAACAAACACCGUGGCUUCCUCAAGGUCCUUCUCGCAUUUGCAGCUGGUGGUUUACUGGGAGAUGCAUUUCUUCACUUAAUUCCUCAUGCAUUGGAGAGUGGACAUUCUAAUCCUGACCACGCUCACGAGGAAAAUACUGGAGAUGGACAUGGUCACAAGCGUCACUCCUACGUUGGACUUUAUGUUGUUGGUGGAAUUUUCGUGUUCUUGUGCGUCGAAAAAUGUAUCCGACUUUUUAGAAAUGAACAUUGUGGAGGCCAUACUCAUCAUGCAGUGUCUAAUGUUGACGGUGAAAAUAAAGGAAAGAAUAAGAAAAAAGGGGAAGAUACCAAAAGUGGAGCUAAAACUAGACCUACAGACUUCAAAGUUUCUGGAUAUCUUAACUUGGCAGCAGAUUUUACGCACAAUUUUACUGAUGGGUUAGCUAUUGGUGGAUCCUUUCUGGUUAGUAGAAAUGUUGGUUUUCUGACCACUUUUACGGUUCUGUUACAUGAACUUCCGCAUGAGAUUGGGGACUAUGCAAUACUUAUACAAUCCGGAUUUUCUUCACGUAAAGCUAUGCUUCUUCAAUUGAUCACUGCUAUUGGUGCACUUUUGGGUUCAUCUGUUAGCUUACUUGCUGCACGUGUUAGUAUUGGUCCUAUUGUUUUUGAUGCUAAUAUACUACCAGUUGUAACAGAUGAUGUUGUUAUUGGUUGCAUUUUACCAUUUACUGCCGGUGGUUUUAUCUACAUAGCUAUGACUUCUGUGCUACCUGACCUGUUGGCAACUAAUAAUAACACCGGUACUACUACUAAUACAACAAAAACACGAAACAAUGGAUUAAAAUCAUUCGUCCAAAGUCUACUUGAAAUAAUUUCUUUAAUUAGCGGCGUUGCAAUGAUGGCUGCUAUCGGAACACUGGAAUAAAGAUGUAAACAAGUAUAUUUUGUGUCUGUAGAGAAAAAAACAAACUAGGUUGAUAUGACAAAUGUAGUAUAGUUUAUUUUUUCUGUUUAUGCAUACUGGUACUUUUUGCUGCAAUCUAGUCCCCUCGUAUCCUGUUUUUCUUUUUCGUUUGUUUGUUCAUAUUUCAUAAAAUCUACUUUUAAGUGAAGCAAAGAAAUUCAAAGUAAAAAGCAUUUUCAGAGUACAAACGUACUAUUUGAAGAAAAUUACAAUUUAUUUGCUCGUAUACUUUCUGUCUCCCUUCGUAUACUUUUUUCUUUAUUGUUAAUUAUGUUGUUGUUGUUUUCUUCAGUUAAGUUUGAUCUUGUUCCAAUGAUUUUCAUUUUUUAUCAUGAUUUAGUAAUACUUCCAUUGUACUAUUUAUUGUUGUAAAAUGAUUAAUUUUGGUGGAGUUUUGUUCUCUGAGCUGGAUGGACGACCAAACCAUCCAGCUCAGAGAACAAAACUCCACCAAAAUCAUCCACCUGAGCUACAAAUCUUCUCCACCAUCUCAAAAUGAUUAAUGUAUUUGUAUAGUUUUCUUAUAUAUUUUUAUCUUGUUGGUUGAAUGGUUCUAAAUGAUUGUUUCUCUUUUUUUUGAUAUUGUUAUCGUUCUUAUCAUAGAACUUAAUUAUCCAAAAAGAAAAGAAACUUUUGAAGUGAACCAAACAUUUACAUUUCUAUCAUCGAUUUUCUUCUUCUUCUUCUUAUUUGGUAUGGUAUAUUUGUAUUUUGUAUUUAAUAACAAACGAAAGCAGUUUAUUACAUAAUCACAAUUGUACAUCGAUCAGAACUUCCCUUUUGUGUUGGUGCUUUUUUUAAAUUAUCCAUAACUUUGUAUUAGUUUGUUCAUUUCAUUUGUUUUUUCUUCACCGGUAUGUUUGACUUAUUAUUUUGGUAAAGUGAUUUUGUUUUUCUACUAACUGUUGCAGUUGGAUGGAGGAAAGAUUAUUGUUCAAUAUGGU